AUGGAAAGAGAAAUCAAGGACAAGGUUAUUGCGAUUACUGGAGGAGCCCAGGGUAUUGGAUACCAGAUAGCUCAUCAUUUUCUGAAAAAUGGUGCAGCCAAAGUAAUCGUUUUAGACAUACUUGAAAACUCUGGUAUUGAUGCCGUGAAGACACUUAACGAAAAACACGGGCCGGAGAAAGCUGUGUUCUUUAAAUGUGACGUUACUCGUGAUCUAGAAACCGUUUCAAGUGAAAUACUUUCGAAGUAUAAGAUUGACGUUUUUGUUAACAAUGCGGGAGUUUUGGAUGAGACAUCGCUACGGAAAACUAUGGAAAUCAAUGUUAUAGCUGUGGUGGAAUGGGGUAUGAAAUUUUGGAAUUAUAUGAGAAAGAACAAUGGUGGUUUUGGUGGAACAAUUAUUAACAUUGCUUCAAUCUAUGGAUAUGUUAGCGAUCCUUGGUUUGUUUAUUACAAAACUUCAAAACACGCAGUCAUAGGUUUUACUAAAACCCUAGGUCAUUCUUACAAUUAUGAAAAGACUGGAGUGCGAGUGUUUGCUGUUUGUCCAGGAUUUACUGAUACUAAACUUUUGGAGAAAAAAGAACUAUUUGAAGACACAGAAGAAGUAAAAAAAUUUUUGGAAACGCGAUACCUUCAAAAAGUGGAGACUGUUGGGCAAGCUGCAGUUGACAUAUUCAAAGUAGCUAAUAGUGGUACUGCCUGGUGGAAGAAGAUCAUGAUAAUUUUUAUUGUUUGGAUAGCGGUGUUGAUCGCAGUGUUUGUGAUAUACCUCCGUCAAAAAUACUCAAGGUUCAAUAAAUAUGGUAUCAAAUACAUCACUCCUCUCCCAGUGUUGGGCAACACGGCAAGGGUUUUACUACGCCUGGAACACUUUGCUUACGACUCAUUAAAUUUGUAUAACAAGUUUCCAGAGGAAAGGUUCGUUGGAAGGUUUGAAUUUACUAAUGAGAUGGUAGUGAUCCGUGACUUGGACCUGGUGAAACAGAUAACAGUAAAAGACUUUGAACACUUCCUCGAUCAUCGUUCUCUUUUCGGCGAGAGCAGUUCCUUCUUAUCUAGAAAUCUGAUCUCCCUAAAAGGUCAAGAAUGGAAGGACAUGCGUUCGACGCUCAGUCCGGCGUUCACCAGUUCAAAGAUACGUGUGAUGAUACCCUUCAUGGUAGAAGUUGGAGAUCAGAUGAUUGCAAUGCUUAAAAAGAAACUGAAGGAAUCAAAAACGGGCCAUAUAACUGUUGACUGCAAAGAUCUAACGACACGCUACGCCAAUGACGUGAUAGCUUCUUGUGCUUUUGGUCUAAAGGUCGAUUCGCAUACGGACAUAGACAAUCAAUUCUACGCACGAGGGAAGGAAGCCUUAAACUUCGGCUUCCGUCAAAUAAUGUUGUUUUUAUUAAUGAUUAACAUGCCCAACGUGGCCAAACACCUUAAAUGGGAUUUCCUGUCACAAAGAUCCAAAGACUUUUUCAGAGAUUUGGUGAUGAACACAAUGAAAGACCGCGAAUUGAAACAUAUCAUUAGGCCUGAUAUGAUACAUUUGCUUAUGGAGGCUAAAAAAGGAAGACUGACACACGAGACAACAAAAUCUGAUGACGUCGCUGCAGGUUUUGCUACAGUAGAAGAAUCAGCAAUUGGUGCCAAAGAAAUUAAUAAAGAGUGGACAGAUAAUGAUCUGAUUGCUCAAGCUGUUCUAUUUUUCCUCGCUGGAUUUGAAACUGUUUCUUCUGGAAUGUGCUUUCUUUUAUUCGAGCUGGCUGCUAAUCCUGAUGUACAAGAUCGAUUGGCAAAAGAAAUAAAAGAUCAUGACCUUAAAAAUGGUGGUAAAUUUGACCUGAAUUCGAUGCAAAGUAUGACUUAUCUUGAUAUGGUUAUAUCAGAACUAUUAAGGCUAUGGCCACCACUCAUCGCCCUAGACAGAGAAUGCACUAAAGAUUACAACUUGGGUAGACCUAACAAGCAUGCUGAUAGAGAUUUUAUUAUACGCAAAGGGUCAGGGGUUCAAAUUCCCGUAUUUGCCUUCCACCGUGACCCGCAGUACUUCCCUAACCCGGACAAGUUUGAUCCUGAGCGCUUUUCUGAGGAGAACAAGCACAAUAUCCAUCCACUUAAGUACAUGCCCUUUGGGAUUGGACCAAGGAAUUGUAUUGGUUCAAGAUUUGCUCUCUGCGAGAUGAAAGCCAUCACGUACCAACUCCUGCUCCAUAUGGAGAUAUCACCGUGUGAGACCACGUGCUUGCCGCCGAAGUUUUCUCCUGAAUCAUUUAAUUUGAGAAUCCAGGGUGGACAUAACCUUAGAUUUAGACUUAGGGCUUGA